ACAUAGCGAAGCUGUUGUCAAAAGGAAGUAAGUUUAUAUGACCUCCCGUCUCCACCUACCAUCAACCAAUCAUGCCAACGCGGAGCUUUACAGGCAUGAACAGAGCCCUUUACAUUGUUACAACAUUUAGGAGGAGCACAGAGAUGUGGUGUGGAGCUUGAUAUUGAAACCUCCCGAGGCUUCGCAAUUAUGCCACACCCUCCGGAAUCGCAUUGCCAGAUCAAUCAUAAAUUGGCUUUCAUUAUUCUUGUUGGCGGAACUGAGGUGUUGCAAUGUAGAUGUGAAUCAGGAAAUGACAUAGCCAGGUCUUCCAUGUUUACGCAGAUGUAUGUUUCGCUAGUUUCUUCGAGGAGCUGUGCAGAGUGAAAAUGCAAAGGACUUGACUUCUGUAAAGUUAUAACUCACCGGCAUUGAUAUAUCCGAAGUUAACGUCAUAUGCAUGGCAAAGCCUAAGAACCUUGUUCGGUAAUUCAAAUUAAGACUCGUUUUAGCUGGCAACAUAUCGUUGCUACUAGCUGGCUAACGUUACCUAGCUAGCUUUCCCCACAACAAGGAGGCGGCAGAAGUAGCUAAUGCAUGUUGGCUAGCAAGCCUCUGAUCCGUUUUUAGUAUAUUUUGGUGGACCUAUAUUGUGAGUGAGUGACAAUAAGAGCUAGUCGUUUUUUGCCGUUGGAAGCAAGUCAUGGCUGAAUCACAGAAAGCGGACCAGUCAGAGCAUACAGGCGAGCCAAACAAGGAGAUGAAGCAGCCAUCUCAGGCAGGAGCAUCAGUGGAUUCUGUGGGCCCAGGAGCAUCACGCAACAACGCACCAACAGCCUCGGCAGAUGGAAACAGUGGGGAUGAUGCUACCAAUGCAGUCAGUGCAAGUACCUCAACCAUAGACGGGGCAGGGGAUGCUGGUAAUUCAGAAACUGUGAAGGAAUCCUAUGUAGAGAAUUCAAAGACAGUGGAAGAAAUUAUAACAGAUGCCUUGCUGACUGUGGGAGAAAUGGCCAGUGAAGAGGAUUCACAGAGAGAAAGAGAAACAGCCAGUGUAGAUGGUUCACAGACGGAAAGAGAACCAGGCAGUGUAGAUGCUUCACAGACGGAAAGAGAACCAGGCAGUGUAGAUGCUUCACAGACAGAAGGAGAAACGGACCGUGUGGAUGCUUCACAGACGGAAGGAGAAACAGACCGUGUGGAUGCUUCACAGACGGAAGGAGAAACAGCCAGUGUGGAUGCUUCACAGACGGAAGGAGAAACGGCCAGUGUGGAUGCUUCACAGGCGGAAGGAGAAACGGCCAGUGUGGAUGCUUCACAGGCGGAAGGAGAAACGGCCAGUGUGGAUGCUUCACAGGCGGAAGGAGAAACGGCCAGUGUGGAUGCUUCACAGGCGGAAGGAGAAACGGCCAGCGUGGAUGCUUCACAGGCGGAAGGAGAAACGGCCAGCGUGGAUCCUUCACAGGCGGAAGGAGAAACGGCCAGCGUGGAUCCUUCCCAGGCGGAAGGAGAAACGGCCAGCGUGGAUCCUUCCCAGGCGGAAGGAGAAACGGCCAGCGUGGAUGCUUCACAGGCGGAAGGAGAAACGGCUAGCGUGGAUGCUUCACAGGCGGAAGGAGAAACGGCUAGCGUGGAUGCUUCACAGGCGGAAGGAGAAACGGCCAGCGUGGAUGCUUCACAGACGGAAAGAGAAGCGGCCAGCGUGGAUGCUUCACAGACGGAAAGAGAAACGGCCAGCGUGGAUGCUUCACAGACGGAAAGAGAAACGGCCAGCGUGGAUGCUUCACAGACGGAAAGAGAAACGGCCAGCGUGGAUGCUUCACAGACUGAAACAGCAACGGCCAGCGUGGAUGCUUCACAGACUGAAACAGCAAGUGCAGAUGGUUCACAGAAGGAAAGAAAAACAGCCAGCGUAGAUGCUUCAGAAACAGACAGUGCAGACGCUUCACAGACGGAAAGAGAAACGGCCAGCGUGGAUGCUUCACAGACGGAAAGAGAAACAGCCAGUGCGGAUGCUUCGCAGGCAGUCGGAGAAACCGUUGGCUCAGAUCCACCCCAGACUGUGGAAGAAACAGGCAAUACAAAUACUUCACAAACUAAUGGUGGAACAGACAGCACAUACAUACCUCUGGACAUGGGAGUGGUGGAUGCUGAUGAUGAGAUGGAGGUCAAUGAUAUCAAAGUGGAGGAGGAACAGAUGCAGGAGGAACACAACUUGGAGGGGAUGCCUGUGAUAACUGCUGUGGAAGAGGGAAGCGACAUGGACGCUUUUAGCAGCAACUCCCUGGAUCAUGGGGAUGAAGUGGAGAAGAUGGACACCGGGACAGAUGCACUGACAGAGAAGCAACGAGAGAAGCCCAGUAAGACCGGGCAAGUGGACAACACUGAUUCCAUGCCUUCUAUUGUGGAUACAGAGGACACCGAGCAACCUGCUGAGCAGACCAGCUUUGUGGAGGCUGGCGGCUCGUCUCCACCUAUGGAGGGGGACCAUUCUGAAGAUGUCAAACCAUUUCACCCCAGUCCCACCUCUAGCGAAGCUUUUCUCCCACAGAACAGUAAAGGCUCUGACAGUCCUGCAGGGCUGGAGAAUGGAGUGACAGGACAGCCAGUCAAAGUUGUGGAUUCUGCCCAGCCGACAGCAGAGCCUGUGUCCACCAGCGUUGACACCCUCUCCAUGGUGAAUGUGAAGGAUGAGCCAGUAGAUGAGGAGUAUGACCAGGCCCUGGCUCCAGUCGUCCUCACAGAGGGCAUCAAGGAUGAACCAGACGCAGCGGAGGAGUUGAAAAUCAGUAACGUCUUCUCUGUGGGCGGCGCCCCUACCCCAAUCGCCACAUCCAUACCAGUGACCUCCCUCUCCAAGACUGUAAUGCCUCCCUUGACCCCGGCCGCCUCCUCCAUCCCUCCGCUGAUGCCCAUGGCUAUGCGGGUGGCCUGCUCGGCCUGUAACAAGGUGUUACUGAAGGGCCAAACAGCCUACCAGAGGAAGGGCUCCUCGGACCUCUUCUGCUCCACGUCCUGCCUCACCUCCUAUAGUCCACCGUCUGUCGUCAAGACGACUGCCCCAUGCCCAGCCAAGAAACCCUGCCACUACUGCCUCAAGGAGAUUGCAAACCCCAAGGACGUGAUCACAGCUCCUGUGGACACCAUGGGCACGGUGAAGGACUUCUGUAGCCAGACCUGCCUCUCCUCCUUCAACUUCAAGAGGAACUCUGCCGUCUCCACCCUCUCCUCCUCCCUCUCCACCAUGACUGGGGCCGUCAAGUGCAGCAUGUGCAAAAAGGCCUGCAUUAGUAAACACGAGGUGAUCUUCCAGGGCAGCAUGCACAGGCUGUGCAGCGAGGUGUGCUUCACGCGCUUCCGCUCCACCAACAAGCUGUCCAUGAACAGCUGUCAGAGCUGCAACAACUACUGCUAUGGCAAGGUCACCGUGCUGGUCAUGCAGGGGGUCAAUAAGACCUUCUGCAGCGCCGGCUGUGUCACCACCUUCAAACAGAAAGCUAAGAAGUCUGUGGCGUGUACUAUGUGCCGCAACUUCCGCGCACCGGUGGAGAUGGUCGACAGCGCCGACUCUGAUGGCAAGCUGGAGAUGUUCUGCUCUACUGGCUGUGUUACAGCCCACAAAGUACAGACCGUCAGCUCCUCAGGUGCUCAGGUAGAGUGCAACACCUGUGGUCAGAAGACGGUGCCCUCCUUCCACCUGGCCAUGUCGGACGGCUCCAUCCGGAACUUCUGCACCAUGAACUGUGUCGUCACCUUUCAGGAUCAGUUCAAUAAGAGCAACUCCCAGAGCCAGAUGAACGUGACCCCAGGCACAGGGACCACAGCUCCCCCCGCGGCCCCGGGCCAGACCAGGGACAGGGGAUCCCAAGGGACCAGACUGCCCUGCUUCCAGUGCCACCGCCUCUUCUCCUCCAAGCCCGAGCUCAUUCAGUUCAAGGAUAAGAUGGUAUUCCUCUGUUCAGUAAAUUGCUCCGAGGAAUACAGAAAGAUCAACUAUGAGAUGGCGCGCUGCGAGUACUGCAAGAUUGAGAAGCCAGCCAAGGAGGUCAAGAGAAUCAACAAUAGGGACUACACCUUCUGCAGUGAAGGCUGUAAGCUGCUAUACAAGCACGACCUGACCAAGCGCUGGGGGAAACACUGCAGAACCUGUGCCUACUGCGCCUCUACCGCGCAGGAGGCCGUCACGGGCCAGUACGGAGGCAAGGUGGAGGAGUUCUGCUCGGAUGAGUGCAAGUCCCACUACACCCUGCUCUUCUGUCAGGUGGCCAAGUGUGACGCGUGCGAGCGCCAGGGGAAGCUGAUUGAGACCCUGCCGAUGCUGGGCGAGGUGAAGCACUUCUGCAACCUCCAGUGUCUGCUCGACUUCUGCAGCCUCCAGACCCAGGGCAAGCCCCAGGGCCAAAAGGUGGCCAUCUCAAUCGCUCAAUCCCCCUCCAGUACUACCACUGCUACGAGCGUGUCUGAUCCCGUCAUCGCCAACGUAGUCUCACUAGCCAGCUCCCCCAUUGGCCAGCCCAACUACACCACUGCUCUGCAAGGGACUGUUCCAAGAAGACAUGUGAAGUAUGUUGGAAAUGCCAGCACACAGACUCAGGCCCCUCGGGCCCCUCCACCCAAGGUUCAGAAGAACAAGGCACUACUCUGUAAACCUAUGGUCCAGAACAAGGGCAUCAUGUGUAAACCCAACUUCACCACCUCAGGGUGCCAGACAGAUGACAAUUUCCCCAAGGUGAUCGUAGUGCCUGUCCCAGUACCGGUGUAUGUUCCAGUCCCCAUGAACCUGUACACCCAGUACGCCCCCCAGCCUGUUGGACUCCCCAUACCGCUGCCCGUGCCCAUGUUCCUGCCGGUGACUCUGGACAACGCUGAGCGCAUCGUGGAGACCAUCCAGGACAUCAAGGAGAAGAUCCCCUCUGACCCGUUUGAGGCAGACCUCAUCCUCAUGGCCGAGAUGGUAGCCGAGGAGGGGAGGGAGAAGUCCCCGCAGCGACCCCCUGAAAGGCCAGCCCCAGCAGUACAAGAUGAUAUGAGAAGUUUGCCUCGCCUCUCUACUAUAGAUUCUUCUUUUUUAACCCUUAUUGUAGACCAGGGAAGCACCUACAGUGGAGACCUGGACACAGAAGAAUUGAGUAACUUCCUCACCUCUUGGCACGACGAGCCACCUCCCACCCCCGGCGUCUCCUCACGCCACAGUCGACCCUAUGCCCACGAGACGCUCCGACCCAUCAUGGACAUCCACACCCCCAUCACACCCCCACCCCCAAUCAUGGACAUAGAGGCUGACUUCCCUGUCCAAACCCUGGAGCUGAUGGCCCAUUGGAGGGAUCAGGAGAGGGAUCGAAGUCCCAGUCCUCCACCUUCUCCUCCACGACGAAGAGCCAGAAGGAAAGCUCGGGAUGGCUUGCCACAGAAGAAAAAGAGGCGCAAGUCGAAAGCAGCAGAGACUGCGUCAGUGGUGGCGUCACUGGGUGAGGCGCAGAGUGACGUGGUGCCCGGCGAGCCCCCUAAACUGCAGCACAUGUACGGGGUGGACGCCUGGAAGAGAUGGGUCCAGUGGAGCAAGACCCAGCCUGACCUGGAGAAGCCUCGUUUUGGCUCGCGACCAAUGGAGAUUAAAGAGGAUGUUUUAAAGUGCACUACAGCAGAGCUGGGCUACGGUCUCUGUCGGUUUAUUUGUGAAGUCAAACGACCCAACGGAGAGUCCUACAGCCAGGACAGUCUGUUCUAUCUCUGCCUCGGCAUCCAGCAGUACUUAUUUCAGAAUGGGCGAAUGGAGAACAUAUUCACUGAUCUCUUCUAUGGCAAGUUCACCCUGGAGAUCACCAAGCUGCUGAAAGGCUUCAAACCUACCAUAACAGCCAGUGGCUACCUGCACUCGCGGGUGGAGGAGGAGUACCUGUGGGACUGUAAACAGCUGGGGGCCUACUCUCCCAUCGUGCUGCUCAACACGCUGCUCUUCUUCUGCACCAAGUUCUUCCAGUUCAAGACGGUGGCCCAGCACCGCCAGCUCUCCUUCGCCCACGUUAUGCGCUGCACCAAGUCCAUCCACGACAACACCAAGUCCAACUUCCUGCGCUUCUACCCGCCCAUCCCCAAGAAAGACCUAGCUACUGAGACAGCAGCGGAUGUAGAUGGUGUGGCAGCGAAGAGGAAAAGGGAUGACGAGGAGAAAGAGGAGGUGCUGGAGAUGAUGGAGAACAGUGAGAAUCCCCUCCGCUGUCCUGUCCGAUUGUACGAGUUCUACCUUUCCAAGUGCUCGGACUCGGUAAAGCAGCGCACUAACGUGUUCUUCCUGCUCCCGGAGCGCUCGUGCGUCCCCAACAGCCCCAUGUGGUUCUCCUCCCAGGGCCUGGACGACCACACCUUGGACACCAUGCUGACACGCAUCCUCACCGUCAGGGAGAUUCAUCUGGGAGACCCCCAGAGGAACAAGCCCCAGUCCAAGGACCCUGAGUGGGUCCCCGACCAACACGACGACAACUCGGAUUGACCAUGAGGACUGGUACACACACACACACACGUACAGUUAUAAGCUUUUGUUUACACACAAACACUACAUGUUGAUCCGUAAGGACUCCUAGGAUCCACCUUCAGCCGUGUGUGCAGAGGAGUGGGUUCACACAGUUCUAGACUGAGACGGUGUCAUGUACACACAUUGUGUAGGAGAUGUGUGUACAUGCAAAUUCUAAACAGAUGCUCAACUGCUCAAUGGAGACACUGUUCAUGCUGUCUGGUCACUACAAGGCAAAUGGAUGGGAAAAAGCAGGAGGAAUCACUUUAAGAACUGCCAUACUGCCUUUGUCAGCAUUAUUGUGGUCGUAGAGAAAAACAAGUCCAGUUAACAAGCUAUUUUCAAGUUCUGUAACGUCACCAUAGGAGAGAGACGAUGCUCUCCAGCCCUCUUCAACAUGGACUCCGAUUGGGGAAAUGGUCAAAAGCUUUUAAGAAUUUGGGAUCCCAUAUCUGACCAGGUCCUUUACUGCUGAAUUCAAUAUUCCCUGUUUUUCUUUAUUGGGUCACUGUAGAAAUUACAAUGGAUUGAAAAAAAUGCCAGUGAUGUCAGCGAAGUUGUUUGAGAUUUUGUGUGUUAAAGGGAUUAGCCUCGUUGUUUUGGGAAUGAGAUAAUAUUGUACGAACAACGAGUGAUAUAACUUGCUAUCAGUGGUGUUGUCCAUUGCCUACUAAAAUUGAUGGCUGGCAGACAUUCCUUGAAUUGGCUGUUAUAGUGAGUCAUUUCAACUUGUUAAUUAAAAUGCUUGAUGUCACGUCAGUGCCCCUACAUGCAUGUAUAAUGUUGAAGGAAAAAAAUGUCAUUCUGUGUUUCCUUUAUGUAGAACACUUGUGAUGUCAGGAAAGAGGACGUAGAAUCGUUUGUUCAUUUGGAAAGACAAGCAUUUACCUUGCAAGUGCUCCCCACACUAGUUCAAAAUUGCAUUGAUUUUGUUCUGAGAAACUUUUUUUUAAAUCAAAUAUUUUUAAAUAAAUACUGAAAAACAAA